UUAAAUCACCCAUUUUCAAUGUGGCCCUAGACCUUACUUAGGUGAACUUAUACUGUAACUCGGUUGCAUUUGCAUAACUAGCAAUGGCGAGAGCGGCUCUCCUUCACCUUCUGCGCUCACAAAACAAGCACCUCGUUUCCACAAGAACUCCCUCAGCGUAUAAUUGUUUUAGGUCCUCAACUUGUGGACGGCCAGUAAGUACAAAUCCAACAUUCAAAACAACGAUUAAUACUAAUCCGACAUCCAAAACUUCCUCCCAACUUGCUGUUGCCCAAAUAAGAUGGGCAUCUCAAGCCACAACUAGAGAGGAAGACAACAAAAUUAGCAUUGGACCUGCUGGUGGAGGACAAUCUGGGGAAGAUGACAAGGAAACCGGAGUUGUUUAUAACGGUCCGAUCUCAUCCACUAUAAAGAAAGUAAAACUUCUGUCGCUCUCGACUUGCUGCCUCUCUGUAUCUCUGGGUCCAGUCAUAACAUUCAUGACAUCCCCUGACAUGAAUGUCAUCCUGAAGGGUGCAGUAGCAUCAACUGUGAUAUUCUUGAGUGCUUCAACGACCGGCGCUCUUCACUGGUUCGUUAGCCCGUACAUCCACAAACUCCGGUGGCUGCCGGGUUCGGACACCUUCGAGGUGGAGAUGUUGUCUUGGCUUGCAACACCCAUUCCAAAGACUCUAAAGUUUUCUGAUAUUCGACCAGCGGAAACCAAUAGGCCUUUUGUGACUUUUAAGGCUGAUGGGAGUUUUUAUUUUGUGGAUACAGAGCACUGUCACAAUAAGGCACUUCUGGCCAGACUCACCCCACAAAAAGUUACUCAUGAGUCAGCUUUCAAGAACUUGUGAUCUGAAACAUGCUGGUGUAAGUUCUCAGGUAAUUUACUUUUAGGGUGAAUCUGAGUAAAACUGUUGUCCUGCAAAAAUUUCACUCUGGUUGGAAUUUUAAUACUUUUGGGGUUUAUUAUAUUUUGUUCUGAGAGCAUAAACUGCUUAGGUUUGAUUAAUAAGGUCCUCAGUGUGGUAUUUUGCAACAUCAUGUUUGAGGAGUGGUUGAUACAUAAUCGUGGUUUAUUUUUUAAAGUCUUGUCAAAUUUCUGUUCUAUCAUCAUACAAAGCAGUUAUAUAAAUAUUCAAGUUCUAUUUAAAA